AUGUCUGGUCGCGGCAAGGGUGGUAAAGGCCUCGGCAAAGGCGGCGCUAAGCGUCACCGCAAGGUCCUACGGGAUAACAUCCAGGGAAUCACCAAGCCGGCAAUUCGUCGCCUGGCCCGCCGUGGUGGUGUCAAGCGCAUUUCUGGGCUAAUUUAUGAGGAGACUCGCGGGGUGUUGAAAGUGUUUUUGGAGAACGUGAUUCGGGACGCUGUUACCUACACCGAGCACGCUAAGCGAAAGACUGUCACCGCCAUGGACGUGGUUUACGCACUUAAACGCCAGGGCCGCACCCUUUAUGGCUUCGGUGGUUGA